AUGAGCAGGAAGCAACAGUUAACCAAUCAGCUGCCUGAGAAUAAACGCCCAUUUGUGCAGGGGUUGGCUCAGUGGAAGGGUGUUGACAGAUACUGUCCGCGCGACGGGGAAACGACGAGACAGAAAAAAAUAGAGAAGACUGCCUUCCCCUGCGGAGAGAGAGAGGAAAUCGCUCAGAUGGCAGCCAUCGGUGGAGUCGCGAAGGUGGCAAGGCUGAGCGAGACUAAUGCCGGACAGAAGCUCCCGCGGUUCGAUGUUUCAACACAGUAA